UUCUGGAAUGUUCUUCCAAUCCCUGCAAGAAUGGAGCAACCUGUUCGGAACUGAUAGCCGGAUAUCGGUGUAACUGUGCAAACGGGUUUACAGGAACACACUGCGAAGCAGAAAUUCUGGAAUGUUCGUCCAACCCCUGCAAGAACGGAGCAACUUGUUCGGAACUGAUGGCCGGAUAUCGAUGUAGCUGUGCAAACGGGUUUACAGGAACGAACUGCGAAGCAGAAAUAAUGGAAUGUUCAUCCAAUCCCUGUCAGAACGGCGCAACUUGUUCGGAACUGCUAGACGGCUAUCUGUGCAAAUGUGCAAACGGAUUUACAGGGACUCACUGUCAAACAGAAAUUUUGGAAUGUUCGUCCAAUCCCUGUAAAAACGGAGCAUCCUGUGCGGAACAGAUAGCCGGAUACCGGUGUUUCUGUGCAAUCGGGUUUACGGGGACACAUUGUGAAUUAGAAAUUAUGGAAUGUUCAUCCAACCCUUGCAAGAACGGAGCAAUAUGUUCCGAAUCGAUAGGCGGCUAUCGGUGCAACUGUGCUAUUGGGUUUACAGGGACUCACUGUGAAACAGACAUUAUGGAGUGUUCAUCCAAUCCCUGUAAGAACGGAGCAAUUUGCUCGGAUCUGAUAGGCGGCUAUCGGUGCAACUGUGCGAAUGGGUUUACAGGGACUCACUGUGAAACAGAAAUUCUGGAAUGUUCGUCCAGCCCUUGCCAAAACGGAGCCACGUGUUCUGAGCAGAUAGGUGGCUAUCGAUGCAAUUGCGUUAAGGGAUUUAUUGGAACACACUGUGCAACAGUUUUUAUAACAAGGUGCGAGCGCAGUGAGUGUAGCAAUGCCGGCACGUGCACGCAAAUUGGAAACAACAUCACGUGCACAUGUGAUGUAGGUUUCACUGGCGAACGGUGCGAUACAGCCAACUUUUGUGAAGCUGUAAAUGAUGACUAUGGUUCGUGGCCAAAGUCAAUCGUAGCAACUAUCGCACAAGUCCCUUGUACCUCAGUGGCCGAGAAAGGGACCUAUUAUCGGACUUGCCUAAAAGCAGGAUGGGGUCAAGUAAUAAAUAACUGUAGCAUCAAUCACGAUGUUAUCGUAGACUUGGAUAAUACGAUAUCCGGCCUAAACUCGACAAGCCAGGAAGAUAAGCUAUUGAAUAUAACUAAAACUCUGAAUACCGUCAGUAACAACUCAAAAAUCACCGAUGAUUUGCGUGACUUGAAAGACAUCGCAAAGGCGUCAGAAAAGCUCGUAGAUUAUAUUGAAAACAACAUCGGCAAGAUCACUGAUAACAUCACCAAUAAUAUGCUUGGCACCAUCAGUAACUUCCUGGAUGCAAACAAACAGCAGGCGUGGGAUAAGAUCAAUACGGAAAUGGAGACAACUUCUGCCGAAGAGCUGGUAGGAGCAGCAACCGUUCUGUCGUUAGCUGACCGAUUUAUGGCAAGCCUCAGAAAUUCUAAAUGUAAUGCCCUCGACAUUAAUAGCACGGAACUGAAAGACAACAAAAACAUGUAUGUUGAGCUAGGUCUGCGAAGCCAGUCUAGCGUUCAAUUUCCUGCCAAGAAAUCAUUUGGUUCUAGUGUUGAGAUUCCCCAGCAGUCCAUCACAGGAUUAUCACAAGCAUGCUAUAUUGGCGCUAUAUACCCUACAAUCGGAGCUGUCUUAGAGGAAGAUGUAUACGUGAAUGGAUCGUGGCAAAACGGAAGUGAGGUCACAGAAGUUAAUUCAGAUGUUGUGGGUAUACAAGUCAAAAACUUUACCUCGGAAAAUAUCGACCCACCGGUUACCAUCACAUUAUCGCUAAAAAAGACCGGGUAUACCAAUCCAGUAUGUGUUUUCUGGGAUUUCAAUAUCACAAGAUCGGGUCGACGCGGCGGCUGGUCGACCGAAGGUUGCAUACUUGCAAGCAUCACCAACAUCACAGCAAAAUGCCAGUGUAACCACCUUACAAACUUCGCAAUUCUGAUGAGCCCCAGUACAAUUUCACCGGUGCACGCAAAGGCGCUUGGGAUCGUUUCCGCUGUAGGCUGUGCUGUCUCUAUCGUCUGUCUGAUUAUCACGCUUGUCAUUCAUGCUUUGGUCUGGAGACUUGUGCGCUCUGACAGGGUGAUCGUUGUCAUGCAUCUCUGUGUUGCCUUGCUUUUCGCACUGAUCUUCUUCCUCGGUGGAGUCAACCGAACAGAAAGCAGGGGCGCAUGCGUUGCUAUUGCAGCUGCCAUCCAGUACUUCUUCCUGGCCAUGUUCUUCAUGAUGUUGCUGAUUGGCCUUGAGAUUCUCAUUUGCGUCGUGCGCGUGUUUAUGACCAAGUUUAGAACCAAGGUCCUCGUGCCACUUGCAUGGAUCAUUCCAGGCAUAAUUGUUGGUGUUUCACUUGGCGUUUCAAAGACACAGGGGUAUGGAAAUAGUACAUUUUGCUGGUUGGACAUCUCCUCCGGACUUAUUUGGUCGUUUGUGGGACCGGCGUUGUUCAUCAUUUGUGUUAAUAUAUUAGUAGUGAUCGUGGUAUUGAAACGCAUGUCGUCGUUAGCCGCAAUGAAAACCAAGACUGAAACAGAAAAACUCAAGACGGGUUUGUACAGUAUAUGCGUGCUUUUGCCCGUGGUGGGCCUCACGUGGGUGUUCGGUGUUUUGGCAAUCAAUGACGACAUGUGGAUAUUUCAGUAUAUCUUCGCAAUACUGAAUGGUCUUCAGGGCUUCUUCAUAUUUCUCUUCUAUUGUGUUCUGAAUAGACAGGUUCGAGACGCUCUAAGAAGACGGCAAGACCGGAAGCGCAGUCUUCAGACUCUGAGCUCUGAUUUGCGGAAACAGUCGCACAGUGCCUCUCAAGAAAAACGAAAAAAUAGCAAGACCCCUGAGCAACCGGUGGCGGAUGCUCAAGACGACAGCUGGAUGCGCGGUGAGCGUCGCCAGUAUCACAGGAACAUCCGGUUGACCAAGCAGCGACGCCUGUCGCACCUUUAGACACACUUGCAUGUCUUUGCAAAUAUGUUCAACUCGAAAAUACAAGUAUAUUGAAAGCCGUGUAUUCGAACGUUGCUUUACGGUUUUUAUGGUUGAAUAUAUAUUUUAUUGAAAGUCAGACAUUUUAAAUAAAAUUGCUAUGCGAUUCAUACGUGUAUACAUCAAAUAUCUCAUGUGCUGUGUACGUGAUAUUCAUAAGACAAUGUUGUUUUAUUAUUUAUUUUUUAUGGGAAAUACACAUUAUUAAUAUUAUCUUUUUAAUUUAAGGUACACAAAUCACUAGUUUACACUUUUUUAUGAGAAAUGUUAUUAAAACUAGACUAAUAACCAAAUUGUUACAAAUGCAUUUAAUUACAAAAGAAUGGAAUUCGUACACGGAAUCAAUAAUGCAAAUGUAUAUCAAACACCUGUAAUUAACAGAAAAGCUUUUCAUCUAUUUCACGUUAAAGGGAAUCUUUAAAUUUACACUUCACAUAAGUUAAAUGAUAGUAUUUAUUUGUUAAUUGAAAACGCAUUUUUAAUCAAAUUAGCGGACACAUAAUACAAUAAUUGCAAUUCAGUGUACGUUUUGAAAGCAUGUAAAACAUAGUUGAAUUUAUAAGGUAAUAACACACCAGCGUUGUUUUGUAUAAACAACCGAACGUACCAACUUCAAAUUAAUGCCUUUAUUAUAUGUUUGUACAUAAAACAGCCAAUAUAUAACAGGUUUCUUAUAACACAAUAUAUAUAUAUAUAUAUAUAUAUAUAUAUAUAUGUUUAUUUAUGCUUAAAACAAAACAGCAACGCACAUA